AUGGCACUGAGCGGGAAAGUGGCACUGGUGACCGGAGGAGCCAUGGGCAUCGGACGAGCCAUGGUGGAGGAGCUGCUCACCAACGGGGCCAAGGUGGCGCUGUUGGACGUGAGCGCAGCAGCCGGGACGAGUUUAGUGGAAAAUCUGGAGGAAAAGUUUGGAAAAGACAAAACUUUAUUUAUUGAAUGUGACGUUCAGUCUGAAGAACAACUGAAAGCUGCUUUUCAGAAAAUCGUGGAGACUUUUGGAAAACUGGACAUUGUUUGUAACAACGCUGGAGUUUUUGACGAGACUCAGUGGGAGAAGACGGUGUCCAUCAACCUGGUGAGGACAAGAGUCGGACUCACUGUGUGA